UUGAAGUUUAGUCAGUUACAGUGUGUCAGUUCCUGGCGUGAGACACAGGUUUUGAUGCGUUUAUCAGCAGUAGCUUUCUGUUUGUUUUCUGAUUCGUCAACUUCUGCCAUUGUCCGUCUGUUUCCUGUGUCCUUUACCUUAUUUCCUUCGCCCCGUGGCUCUUCCUCUCGUCCUGAACCCUCCAUCUGCGCCGGUAGCAUCACUCUUCCCGUCCACCGCGGAAGACUUUAGGGCACCAGUCUUCUGUCUCCACCUGGAGCAGAGGUUUUCUUCACGCUGAGCAGAGAGUGCGGUGCUGUCUCCUUUCUAAAGUGUCUGAACACAUCCCAUUUUCUACUGAUGCUCCUGAGUCUGGGACCUUGGCGUUCAGAGCUCCAAUCAGCACAAAGGGUGAUGCCCUCAGGACGUGGGGAGGGGCACCCGAGGUCUCAGAGAAGCCGCCAGGAGGGGGUGACAAGCCACUUCCUGCACUUCAGCUCCGUCGCACCAGCGCUCCCCUACCGAGAAGGGCCAAGUUCAAGGGCAGCUCUGAUGAAAGUCCUCAGGGGCCGGUGAGGCCCUGGGUUUCUCAAGCCACCUUACACUUGGGGCUCUGCACCCUGAGUCCAGGACAUGCUGCCCCAGCGCACCCAGCUGCUCCUCCUGGUGGGCCUGCUCGCCUUCACGUCAGCCCUGUCCCAGGAGUGCACCAAGUACAAAGUUAGCACCUGCCGGGACUGCAUCGAGUCGGGCCCCGGCUGCGCCUGGUGCCAGAAGCUGAACUUCUCUGGGCAAGGGGAGCCCGAUUCCGUGCGCUGUGACACACGGGAGCAGCUGCUGGUAAAGGGAUGUGCGGCAGACGACAUCAUGGACCCCAAGAGCCUCGCCGAGACCCAGGAGGACCGGGCGGGGGGCCAGAAGCAGCUGUCCCCACAGAAAGUGACCCUCUACCUGAGACCAGGCCAGGCGGCUGCGUUCACGGUGACCUUCCGGCGGGCCAAGGGCUACCCCAUCGACCUGUACUAUCUGAUGGACCUGUCCUACUCCAUGCUCGAUGACCUCAUCAACGUCAAGAAGCUGGGGGGCGACCUGCUCCGGGCCCUCAACGAGAUCACCGAGUCCGGCCGCAUCGGCUUCGGGUCCUUUGUGGACAAGACGGUGCUCCCCUUCGUCAACACGCACCCCGAGAAGAUGCAGAACCCCUGCCCCAACAAGGAGAAGGAGUGCCAGCCCCCGUUCACCUUCAGGCAUGUGCUGAAGCUCACCGACAACUCCAACCAGUUCCAGAGAGAGGUCGGGAAGCAGCUGAUCUCAGGGAACCUGGACGCCCCUGAAGGCGGGCUUGACGCGAUGAUGCAAGUGGCCGCGUGCCCGGAGGAGAUCGGCUGGCGCAACGUCACGAGGCUGCUGGUGUUCGCUACGGACGAUGGCUUCCACUUUGCGGGUGACGGGAAGCUGGGCGCCAUCCUGACCCCCAACGACGGGCGCUGCCACCUGGAGGACAACCUGUACAAGAGCAGCAAUGAGUUUGACUACCCAUCUGUAGGCCAGCUGGCGCACAAACUGGCCGAAAGCAACAUCCAGCCCAUCUUUGCUGUGACUAAGAAAAUGGUGAAGACGUACGAGAAGCUCACGGAGAUCAUCCCCAAGUCUGCGGUCGGGGAGCUCUCGGAGGAUUCCAGCAACGUGGUCCAGCUCAUCAAGAACGCCUACAACAAACUGUCCUCCAGAGUCUUUCUGGAUCACAACGCCCUCCCUGACACCCUGAAGGUCACCUACGACUCCUUCUGCAGUAACGGAGUAUCGCAGGUGAACCAGCCCAGAGGGGACUGCGACGGUGUCCAGAUCAACGUCCCGAUCACCUUCCAGGUGAAGGUCACAGCCACAGAGUGCAUCCAAGAGCAGUCAUUUGUCAUCCGGGCACUGGGCUUCACGGACACGGUGACCGUGCGGGUCCUCCCCCAGUGCGAGUGCCGGUGCCGGGACACCAGCCAGAACCCAAGCCUCUGCGGCGGCAAGGGCUCCAUGGAGUGCGGCGUCUGCAGGUGCAAUGCGGGCUACACUGGGAAGAACUGCGAGUGCCAGACGCACGGCCGCAGCAGCCAGGAGCUGGAGGGAAGCUGCCGGAAGGACAACAGCUCCAUCAUCUGCUCGGGGCUGGGGGACUGCAUCUGCGGGCAGUGCGUGUGCCACACCAGCGACGUGCCCAACAAGAAGAUCUACGGCCAGUUCUGCGAGUGUGACAACGUGAACUGCGAACGCUACGACGGCCAAGUCUGCGGGGGCGAGAAACGGGGGCUCUGCUUCUGCGGCACCUGCAGGUGCAAGGACGGCUUCGAGGGCUCGGCGUGCCAAUGCCCCUCCUCCACGCAGGGCUGCCUCAACCUGCAGGGCGUCGAGUGCAGCGGCCGCGGCCGGUGCCGCUGCAACGUGUGCCAGUGCGAAAAUAACUACCAGCCACCGCUGUGCGUCGAAUGCCCGGGCUGCCAGGUGCCCUGUGGCCGCUACGCCAACUGCGCCGAGUGCCUGAAGUUCGGCACCGGCCCCUUCGCCAAGAACUGCAGCGAGGCUUGCGGGAACACGAAGCUGCUGUCCAGCCCCGCGUCCGGCCGCAAGUGCACGGAGCGCGACUCCGAGGGCUGCUGGAUGACCUACACGCUGCGGCAGCGCGACGGGUGGGACAACUACGACCUGCACGUGAACGACACGCGCGAGUGUGUGAUGGGCCCCAACAUUGCUGCCAUCGUGGGGGGCACCCUGGGUGGGGUCGUGCUCAUCGGCAUCCUCCUGCUGGGCAUCUGGAAGGUCCUGACCCACCUGAGUGACCUCCGGGAGUACAAACGCUUCGAGAAGGAGAAGCUCAAGUCCCAGUGGAACAACGACAACCCCCUUUUCAAGAGCGCCACCACCACAGUCAUGAACCCCAAGUUUGCUGAGAGUUAGGGGUGCUUGGUGAAGAGUGAAGACAAGGCCUUCUCAACUGCCCGGAUGGGACUAUCCCCAAGCCACAUCUCCUGCAGCAGGCUGAUCGCAACCCCGCCCAGUGGACACAGCUGACAACGCUUGACAACUUCACCAUUAACAAAAAAUCCACUGUUCCUUCUGCCCUCAAAAUGACAGAUAUGGCCGGAUGAUUGUGUGGACCCAUCAGAAGGGACAGCCUCCUCCCUCUGAUACGCGUGACUUUUUAUAGCACCUUGAAAAAGGAAUUGCUUGCGUCUUACGAGGUUAGACACGUGUUUUCCUUUGUAAAAAUUAGCACAGCAGUCUGAUGGAAGGUAGUGCAGAUUUAUUUAUAUGUGAGCUCAUCAGAGUAUGAAAUGACAUCCCAUUGAUCAUGCUGUCUCCAGUCUCGUGUACAGAAACAAGUUAAUAAAACUUUCACACAUG